AUAUAUUAUUGCUAUAUUGACAUAUAGUUCGGGUAGACUAUGUCUCUUCAAUAAAUUACUGCCCGACACUUGUACUUAAAUCCAGAUUGUGUCUUUGCUUGUGACCUACACAUUGAAACGAAAACGAUUUCAUACUAGCUGUUGAGAACUGAGGGACCAUGGCAGCUGUGGGGACAUGGUCUUUCUCUCAGCCUGCUGUGGAUAGACUUCGGUCCUUGAUUACUUCUGGAUGUCAUGCAACUGAUGCUGUGGAGGAAGCCAUGGCAGAGAUGGAGAAUGACCCAGAGACAGGCCGCCACAUUGUGGGAAGAGGAGGAUUCCCAAACAGUGAAGGGGUGCUGGAGUGUGAUGCUGCAAUAAUGCAAGGCACUGCUGGGAAAUUUGGAGCUGUGGCUGCUCUCAGAGGGAUAGGGACUCCAAUUCGGGUAGCUCGUAAGGUGAUGGAUAUAAGCCCCCAUAGUUUACUGGUUGGGGAUGGAGCAGCCAUCUUUGCCAGGGAACAGGGCUUUAGCAUAGAACCCAAUGACAGCAUGCUGAGUGUACAUUCUACCAAAGCUUACGAGGAAUAUCUUGAAAAUAGACAAAAAGCCAGUGGACAUGACACACUUGGCCUCAUUGCUCUCGACAAGAUGGGAAAUAUAACAGUGGGAGUCUCCACUUCAGGGGCUCCCUUCAAAUCCCCAGGGAGGGUUGGGGACUCACCCAUCCCAGGUUCUGGUCUAUAUGCUGAGCACAUGGUGGGGGCGGCUGCAGCCACAGGUGAUGGUGACAGAAUUAUGUGCUAUUGUCCAAGUUUCCAAAUUGUUCAACUGAUGAAACAAGGAUCCUCCCCCAACGAGGCCUGCUGUGCUGUCCUGAAAGACAUCAGGAGGAGGACAUUUCCAGAAAAAUGUUUUGAGCUUGGACUGAUUGCCCUGAACAUGAAGGGUGAAGUGGGGGCUGCUUCCACGGUGGAGUUCCCCUAUGUUUUCUGGGACAUGGAGAAUGAUUCUGUAGAGAUUCGAGUUCAGCUUCCACCUUCAAACAACAAUGAAUGACUUGAAGUACAAACAAAUGCAGGGCUCUUAGGGUUAGGGUUAGGGGGGGGACGACGACUUGAGACAGCUCUUAACUCGGCAGAAAAUGUAUCUCCAUAUGCCUGCGCCUCGGCCAUUAAUUGUAGCCUAUUUAGCGGGACAUGUUAACCCUUAAUUCUCAGCGUGAGAAAUACAAGGUGUUGCAUGAGAGCGUGAGAAACGGUUGAAAUGCGCAAGUCUCACGGUGAAUGCGUGAGACUUGAGAGCCCUGAGUGAUACCUUAAAUGACACCUCGAUGCAUCACAUUUACUUUAUACAUAUAGUGUCUAAAAGUAGAUUUGGAAAUUGUAGUUAGAAAAGUAUGUGGAUCAAAUGGGGACAUGUUUGUUGAAGGCAUCUCCAUGUAGCCUAGAUGGACGACUUGUAGCUACUGUAACUCAUUCCUAUGUGCAAUGUGCUAACAAGCUUAUAGAACGUUAUUUCCUAGCCUGUCUGUCCUAACCCUGCCACCCACAUUUACUAUAUUAUUCUCCUUAUCUUGAGAAGAAUCUAGCCUGGCAAUCAGACGAAUCGGCAAGCUGACGUUUACUUGCUGCAUUUGAGAGUUGGUCUGGCGUUGCCAGUCUAAAGAAUGUUCUGAAUUUUAGGUCACAUUCAGGAAUUUUGGUUAAAACUAAAUGUGUAUUGACGAUUUGGAGUUCUGUACUUUUGAGUAAUAUUUUUGUAAUACUUUAAUUAUUGAACAAUAAAAUAAAGCAUAUCCUUGCUAUCA